AUGGCAGCAGAGGAGGGACAAGUUGUCAGUUGCCAUACUCUCGAUGCAUGGAACGAGCAGCUCCAGAAGGGCAACGAUUCCAAGAAGCUGGUUGAUGUGGAUGAGUUGAAGUCUGUGGCUCAAGACUGGGCCGUAGAGGCAAUGCCAACCUUCAUGUUCCUGAAAGAAGGGAAGAUAGUGGACAAAGUGGUGGGAGCAAAGAAAGACGAGCUGCAGCAGACUAUAGCAAAGCACGUUGCUUCUGCUUCUGCUUCUGCCUGA